AUGACAAUUUAAUUUGAAAUUUUCUAUGAAAAAAAAAUCUUAUUGUUUGUUCUAAAGUGGCCAUUAUAAAUUAUUCGUCCGUUAUCAUGAAUAAUAACUAUUUAAGUUUGAAAAAGAAAGUGACGAUGAGAUUAUUUCAGGAUUACAAAAGAAUUCAACAGAAAAAUUUAAAUUUGGUCGAAACGUUAAAUGAGAAAAUGUUGGAAAUUAAAACGUUACGGGAUAAUGAGUUAAAGAUGCAAAAUCAGAUUAAAGAGGCUUUGGAGAAUACGUUGAAUGUGGAAAAUAUUACUGGAAAGUAUAUGGAUAUGAAAGAAAAGUAUGAAAAAAUACUUGACGAAAAAAAGAUAUCUUCGGAUGCUUUUAAAAAGCAAGAAAUUGAAAUUGUCGAAAAAUAUGAGGAACAGCUUCGACAUUAUCAAGAUAUUUUAGCUAAAGAGCAAGAAAAGUUUACCCAAAAAGAAAAUUACUAUUUAAAUGAGUUGAAGAAUGUUUCAAGCAGUUUAAUUAAACAAGUACAAGAGUGCGAUAUGAAAUGGAAAGGAUGCUUAGAUGAUGCUAAUCGUAAAUUAAAAGAAUCGAAUUUAUCGUGUUCAACUCUUCGAACUCAACUCGUUCAGGCAAAUUAUAGGCAAAGAAAUAACGAUUUACUAGAAAAGAAAGUUCGCGAACUUGAAAACAAAUUAGAACAGAAAGAGAAAGACUUAGCUAUGGCUCGGAAAGUUCUUUACGUAAAAGAAAAUUACAGAUUAUCACCUAGCCCAGGAAGAGAUUUAUAUAAAACGAAUACUAAAAAAGGUCCAUAUACGUUCACUAAAAAGUCCUCAUCUCCUCAUACUUGCGUAGAUUCACCUAAAUCUAGUUCCAACGAUUAUUUAAGACCAAGUCUUUCAAUGGUAUCGGAAUCAGUACUUGAAAUCACCGCCGAAAAGGACGAUGCCUUUCAGUUAAACGAUUAUAAACAUAAAUUACAAAGUUCUUCUGAAUCGGGUCCUGUUAAAGAUAAACCGAAAAAAAGAAAGCUAUAUGAUCCUACUUCAGCUCAUCUAGAAUAUAUGAUGAAACCUCCAGAGGACCAUAAAAAAUAGAAGAAAAAGAUGAAAAAAAAAAUUUUUUUGUUUUUGUAAUUUGUGUUAUUAGUGUUGAUGUAAAUUUGUUAAGCGAAAUAAAUGUAUAAAUUAAAAA